AUGAUCAAGUUAAGGUCAAAGAGGUUCUCAAGAAGCAGCUCUAAGCUAGGUACUGGUGGCGCCACCCAUGGUGGCGGUGGAGGCAGCAAGUCAUGUGCAAUGAUGACCAGUGAGAUCAAAUGGGAACUCCGUCCUGGAGGCAUGCUUGUCCAGAAGAGAGAAUGUAAAGAAAGUGGAGGUGAAGGAGUCAUCACAAUUAGAGUCUCUACUGUCUCGCAAUGGCACGAUAUAUCGGUCCAAGCAACUUCAACAUUUGGAGAAUUGAAGAUGCUGUUAUCAUUAUUAACAAAAUUGGAACCCAAAGAGCAGAGGCUGUUGUUCAAAGGCAAAGAAAGGGAGAAUCAUGAAUAUUUGCACAUGGUUGGUGUUCGAGAAAAAGACAAGGUUUUGCUGUUAGAAGAUCCUGCUAACAAAGAGCAAAAACUCCGAGUCAACCGAUCACCUCAUUGCACCAUCAGUGUCUAG